AACCUAACCUACUCAAUCUUAGGGUAUGUUUUGUGAUGUGUACUGGAAAAAUUACUAGAAGACUAUAACCUCUGAAAAUGAUUAUAAUAUUGUAACGAUUUGAAAGUUAUGUUUAGGUUUUUUUCAAAGUCUCCUAAAAUAUUUUGCACAUUCCAAGUGAACAGAUUUAUUCACAAGUAUAUAUUCAACAUGGAAAAGGCGUAUUUAAGACAUGUUGAGAAUGGUAGCCAAUUUGAAUUAACUCUAAAAUUUAGCAAUCCUGAAUUACGGGUCGACAGGCUUUUUAAUUUUAAUCGUAAACUCGAAGAAAAUAUUGAUACAUUUUCCUCUAGAGUGGCAUCAAAUAUUGAGAAAAUAGUGAAAAAGAAAAACAAAAAGAAAUCAGAUGCUGGGGAAGUGGCUAUAAAUAUAGAUGUUAUGGUACUGUUGAAUAAUUCUGAAGUUUCUAAAGACAAAACUUGUGAAGAAAUAUUUCAACCCGAUAAUGACAUUGUAUUAAAGAUAAUGGGCAAAGAAUACAAAGUAAUUGUCAAUUCUCCAUGGGUAGAUAAAUUAUCUUUGCCAAUUUCCAUUUUAGCAGGAUUUCCCACAUAUCCCACCAAAUUUGAAACUGUAUUUACUGAUAAGUUGUUAUCUCAAUUUACUUGGUCAAAGUCAGUAGAUGAAAAAAAUUGGACAAUUGUUGGUAAUGACUACAUAUACCAACCACAGAAUGAAGAUAUAAAUAAUUAUUUAAAAUUAACAUGUAUACCAAAGAAUGAAAAGUUUGAAGGUCCUGUUGUUGAAUGUGUAUCUAUUUGUAGAGUUGAAGCAAAUCCUGGUAAAUGUCCAUUCGAAACCAGGCAUCUGUUUACUCAAAAAAGGACCAAAGAAAAUGAAUUACGAAUUGUUACCUAUAAUAUUUUGGCUGAUUUGUAUUGUGAUUCUGAUUAUACCAGAACUGAAUUGCAUCCUUAUUGUCCUCCUUAUGCUCUUGAAAUUGAUUAUAGAAAACAAUUGUUCAUCAAAGAAAUUAUAGGUUACAAUUCAGACAUCAUAUGCCUUCAAGAAGUAGAUAGAAAGGUAUUCGAGUAUGAUUUGAACUCAGUACUAAGUCACUUAGGUUACGGAAGCAAUUUUUUUACCAAAGGUAACGAGGUUGCAGAGGGCUUAGCUUUGUUCUACUACAAAAAAAAGUUCAGUCUCAUAGAAUCACAUCGGUUUGUCUUUUCUGAACACAUUUCUAAAGAUCCAAUUUUCUCAGAUAUAUGGGAACAGAUCGCUAAAAAUGAAAAUCUGGCAAAGAGAAUUUUAGACAGGUCUACUACCAUGCAAGUCAAUGUUCUAGAUGUAUCAAAUCGAGAAGAAAUGUUGGUAGUUGCAAAUACUCAUUUAUAUUUCCAUCCAGAUGCAGAUCACAUACGGUUGUUACAUGGUGGUUUGGCCAUAAGAUAUCUAGAGCAUUUUAUUAACAAUUUAAAGGAAAAGACUUCUAAAAGAGUUUCUUUAAUAUUUUGUGGAGAUUUUAAUAGUGUUCCGGAAUGUGGUAUAUUCAAAUUAUAUACAGAAGGCGAAGUGCCCAAGAAUUUUAUUGAUUAUCACAGUAAUAAAGAUGAAGUUGUAACCGAAGUAGAGUUGAAGCAACCUUUCGUAUUAGCAAGUGCUUGUGGAACUCCAAAUUAUACUAAUUAUACCGCACAAUUUCAAGGAUGUUUAGAUUAUAUUUUUUAUGAAAAGACCAAUUUUGAAAUAACGCAAGUAGUUCCAUUACCAAGUCAUGAAGAAGUUACAGCAAAUACGGCUUUACCCAGUUUUGUAUUUCCAUCUGAUCACAUCGCUUUGAUAUCAGAUUUAAAGUGGUUGUGAAUAUUUGUACUUUCAAGGGCAAUUUUUAUAUUUUUUAGUGGUUUUAUUUUAAUCAUUGAUUUCAUUAUACAUAUAUUACGUUAUAAAUAUAUUUUAUCACUAUCAA